CCGAAAUCCAGAUUUGUUGUUGAAGGAAGUGGCCUUACAGAAAUAUAUUUUAAUAUCCGAUCGAGAAAAGAAACAGAAAUAGUAAAUAUGAAAGUGAGAUAGGUGAGUGUUUGAGGCCAAACUAAAUAAUAAUUUAAUAGCACGUUAUUGGAAUUGCCAAACCGCUUCACAUUUUUUGGGAGCGAAUACCAGGUGUUCUGUAGUGUUGUACUUCACCAAACAGGCCGUAGCAUAAACAAGCAGCAGAGAUGACUGAGAAUUUCGACCGAGCCCCCGGCGCAGGUAGAGCCCGUAUAAAGCCAACAAGUCCCGGCCUCGCAGAUGUUGGAGAACGGGACGCAAACUCUGUUUUCAACCAGCGUGAGCCUCUACGACAGCCUCGGACGUCUCCACCUUUGACUGAGAACAACACAAACACUAGUGAGGCUAUCGGCGGAGAAAGCAGAAGACCAAGCAAACCCCACCAGGUCAUUCACAACAACAGCACUCCUGCCUCCAAAGUGAAAAGUGUGGACUCUCUGGUGAACACCUCCAUUCUGUCAGCCAACGCACCUGAGUUCUUCCCUUCCAGCUUCUCCCCCAAUGAGGAAUCUGUUUCGGAGGAUGGCAGCGAUGGCUAUUAUACUGAGGCGACAUUGGCUGAAUUGGUUGAGGAGUUUCUCAGCCACCUAAACUCCUCGCCGGGGUCCUUUGAGAACGACAUUGAGCACAUAGCAAACAUGCUGAACAGCUGGGUCACUACCGAGGAGACGCUGCAGGAAUUGGUGGAACUCAUCUACACACAAUCUACUCUUAUCCCCAAUUUCUCUUACACGGGGGCAAGGCUCUGUAACUUUCUGUCUCAUAACCUUGCACUCAGCCCAGCAAGUGGCAACUUUCGUCAGCUGUUACUAAAACGGUGUCAGACAGAGUAUGACCAGAGGGAUGUAGCGGUGCGGGGGGGUGCGGAGACUCAGAAGAAGUUCCAUGCCUAUGUGCUCUUCCUGGGGGAGCUUUACCUCAGACUGGAGGUGAAGAGUGCGAAGGGGCCUCCGUCUCGAGCUGAGAUCCUGCUUACUGCCCUGAGGGAACUGAUGAAUGCCCUCUUCUCCAACCCCGUGGAUGGAAACCUCAUCUGUGCUGUCAAACUGCUCAAGUUGACAGGCUCGGUUCUGGAGGAUACAUGGAAAGAGAGCGGGAAGUCUGACAUGGACCAGCUAGUCCAGAGGAUUGAGAACAUUGUGCUGGACGCCCAGUGCAGCAGAGAUGUGAAGCAGAUGUUAUUGCGGCUGGUGGAACUGAGGUCUAGUAACUGGGGCAGAGUCCAUGCUGCUGCUGCUGCCGACGCUACACCUGACAAUGACCCCAACUACUUCAUGAAUGAGCCUACAUUCUACACUGCCGACGGCACUCCCUUUACAGCAGCCGACCCUGAAUAUUCUGAAAAAUACCAGGAGAUCCUGGAUCGGGAAGACGACUAUUUCCCAGAGGGCUAUGAAGAGAAUGGAAAUGAAUCAUCAUUCAAUGACGAGGAUGAGAUGGACCCUGAGAUCGAGGAAGCUUUUGAGAAGUUCUGCCUAGAGUCUGAGAGAAAAAGACGACAAUGAGACUAGUAUGAGAGCACUGCGAGAGACUGAAUUUACACAUACCUUUCGUGUUCGACUUGUUUGCGACUGGGAAAAAUCAAAGAGAACUAGCAAUUGGUAUGUUUUAAAAAUAUAUUUUUUAGCAAAAUGAACUGCAUAGUUUGCACUUCCUAGCACUUCAGUGACAGGUUUUUUUCUGGCUGGAAUUUGUGUUGGUUUGAAGUUUGGGGACAGUCAACUGGAUCAUUAUUCCGCUGAGUUGUAGCAAAUGUUCUGAGUUUGGGAGUGGGGGAGUUAGUUUUCUGCUUCUAUUGAUUAUUUCAUAAACAAUUAUUUUCCUCGUAACGCCGUGGGAAAAAAAAAACUGUGUGCUGUGGAUUUUAGACUACUAUGUAGCUCAACAGCAGAGUAGCAUCAUCAAAUGUGUGCGUAGUUUGAUUGCAUACUAACUGAAUAAGCAACGACAGAAGCUGCAGGGGAGGCAACAUUCAGAACAUUUACAAUACAGGGAUUUUUCUGCAUUAAAAAAAGAUAUAUGCUUAGACGGGUCGCCAACUUAUUUUUUUUUGGGCCACCAAUUCUAAAGUGUAAAAAUAAACGCUUUCAGGAAAUUGGCUUUAAAACUGCAACGUUUUCUCACAGCUCCAUGGCAAAAUGGGUAUAAUUGCAGGAAAUUAGCUUUAAAACUGCAAAAAUGUAUCUCCGCUCCAUGAAGAAAUCAGAAUUGCAGGAAAUUGGAGAAACUUAUAUAUUUUUAAAUCUACACCGGCAAGAUGAGCCCGACGGGCCGACCAUGCUAAUUGCCACGCCCCCUGCCACGCCCACCACCUAAGCCCCUUUUUGAACUAGAAAAAAACCCUGCAAUAGAAAUGUGAUGUAUAGAACGAACACUGCAUAGCAUUUUGCUACAGGGGCUUAUAAAUACAGUAUUCAAGAGAAUUGUCUGUUCUAUAUGGUACAUCUCUGUUUUCAGUGUUCUGAAUGUUGCACCCUACUGACCUCCAGGGCAAUUUUGUUAAAUUGUACAUUGAUUUGGCCAUUUAGUUGGUCAACCACCCUUUAACAAGCUAUGCAUUUAAGGAGGUGGGUUUGUGAAACUAACAAAAGAGCUUGAAAUACUGAAUACCGGCAAGUGGCAGCAAACUGUCUGGAAAAGAGAACUCAAAAGUUGUUUCAACUUUAGGGGUGUUUUUGUUCUUCCUUUUACUGGUUCAAAUUAGAAUUUGACAAUUGUUGAGGAGUACAGUACUGGGAUGUAUUCAUUACGGAAACUGUUUUAAGGACAAAAGGAGCAAAACAAGUUUAUUUUGGACAGGUCCCUCCUGUUCCAUUUGCUUCGGUUUAAGAAACGUUUUGCAACAGAAUUGGCGGAAUGAAUACACCCCUUGCUCUGUUGCUGGGAGCGGUAUGGUUUUUAAUCUAAUUUGUUGAACGCAGCUUUAAACCCUUUGUAGUCCUGCAGUUUGGACCUGUCAUUGAGAAACACCACUAAAACAGUAAUCUCUCAAAGGAUGCACCUGCAAGUUCAAAGUUGUUUUCAUCAUCAGCAAUUGAUCGAUCCAAUACAAAGGAAUGUUUGUUUUAUAGUUUGUACAUAUUAACUGUAAUGUUUGCCUGCAAUAAAUUCUUUAUAAUAUGA